AUGUGGUCCCAGGGUCAGGUGCUCACGGCGGUGGGCACUGGCGCGCUCCUGCUCCUCCUCCUCUCGCUGCUGGUGAGGCAGCUGCUCAAGCAGAGGCGGCCGCCUGGUUUCCCGCCGGGGCCCCGGGGGCUGCCCCUCAUCGGCAACAUCUACUCGCUGGCCGCGGAGCAGCCGCAUGUCUAUAUGAAGAGGCAGAGCCAAGUCCACGGCCAGAUUUUCAGUCUUGAUCUUGGAGGUAUAUCUGCUAUUGUACUGAAUGGUUAUGAUGCUGUAAAAGAAUGCCUGGUUCAUCAAAGUGAAGUUUUUGCAGACAGACCAUCUCUUCCUUUGUUCAAGAAGCUGACAAAUAUGGGAGGUUUAUUGAACUCUAGAUACGGUAGAGGAUGGACAGAGCAUCGCAAGUUAGCUGUAAGCAGCUUUCGUUGUUUUGGAUAUGGUCAAAGGUCCUUCGAACACAAAAUUUCAGAAGAAUCCAUGUUUUUUCUUGAUGCCAUUGAUACAUACAAAGGCAGACCCUUUGAUCUUAAACACUUGAUAACAAAUGCAGUCUCAAACAUUACUAAUUUGAUUAUCUUUGGAGAACGUUUUACAUAUGAAGACACUGAAUUUCAGCACAUGAUAGAGAUUUUUAGUGAAAACAUUGAAUUAGUUGCUAGUGCUUCAGUGUUCUUGUAUAAUUCUUUUCCCUGGAUUGGCAUAUUACCCUUUGGAAAACAUCAACAACUGUUUAAGAAUGCAGCUGAAGUCUAUAAUUUUUUGCUUGAACUUAUUGAGCGUGUCUCUAAAAACAGGAGGCCUCAGUCACCUCAACAUUUCAUUGAUGCAUAUUUAGAUGAAAUGGAUCGAAGUGAAAAUGAUCCAGAGUCUACAUAUUCAACCAAAAAUUUAAUUUUCUCUGUUGGAGAACUUAUCAUAGCUGGAACAGAAACCACAACAAAUGUUUUAAGAUGGGCAGUAUUGUUUAUGGCUCUUUAUCCGAACAUUCAAGGGCAAGUUCAUAAAGAAAUUGAUUUAGUCGUGGGCCCAAACAAAACACCUUCUUUAGAAGAGAAAUGCAAAAUGCCUUACACUGAAGCAGUUCUACAUGAAAUUUUAAGGUUCUGUAAUGUAGCUCCGUUAGGUAUUUUCCAUGCAACUUCUAAGGAUACAGUUGUGCGUGGUUAUUCUAUCCCUGAAGGCACUACAAUAAUUACAAACCUCUAUUCUGUACACUUUGAUGAAAAGUACUGGAGUAACCCAGAAGUGUUUUAUCCUGAACGGUUUUUGGACAGUAGUGGGCAGUUCAUCAAGAAAGAUGCAUUUGUUCCUUUUUCACUAGGAAGAAGACAUUGUCUUGGAGAACAACUGGCCAGGAUGGAACUGUUUUUGUUUUUUACUUCAUUACUUCAGCGGUUUCACCUGCAUUUUCCACAUGCUUUGAUUCCAAAUCUGAAGCCAAAAUUAGGCAUGACAUUACAACCACAGCCAUAUCUCAUCUGUGCUGAAAGACGUUAA